AUGCUCUACGCGCCAAAGACGGCGCCGAACAUUCCAGGUGCCACCGAUACCACGGAUCUGAACUGCCGCUAUGGCAAUCCGCAAAUGUGGCUGCAUUGCGGCGUGUGUUGCGGCAUCCGCCCGCAUUUCAACUGGGUGAUUGGCACAUGCGAGGAAACGCAAGGCACCGGUCAGUUCUGCUGGAAUUUGCCUGAUUGCGUGUCGAGCGGGUCCCCGAAGAUCAACUACGUGGCGACAUACCAAUACAAUGGCGAGGAAUUCGUUCUCAUGGAGGAUUCGACGGUCGGCGAAAUCGACGAGGAAGGUGUUAGUGGCAACUUUGGGGUCGGCACUGGCUUUUUCGCUCACAACACUUCUUUCCGAUGGCGUGGCGGCGACUGGACGACAAAGUACGCGCCUUGGGCAAAGGGUUUGGGAACCGAUGGCCCGCGUGGUGUGACGCCGCCGGCUGGUCUCUGGAUCUUGAGCGCUGAAAACUUUUAUUUCGGCGCUUUUUACAUGCUCUCACAGCUGGGCAUCAAUCUCGAGGGACAAGGAAACCCGACGGGCACCAAUUGUUGGAUGUGGGAGUUGGAUCCAGUAGAGGGCACGGCGGGCUGGAGCCCGGGAGAGCCUCUGCCGGGCAACCUGAAUAUGCUCUACAGCACGGAGAAUGCGCAGGCGUCGGGCUGCAUGCCAAUCUCCUACACCUCCCGCCAGGCGAACGGCAUGCGAAUGGAGUUCAAGUUCCCAGAGGACUUCCGCGCCUCCUGCAACGCCCAACCCAACCAGACUGGCUGUAGGCCCUGGGAGGAAGACAUCUACUGGGGCGGCGGAAGGCAGGGAACCCAGCGCUUCGAAAAUCUGUGGGACGAGCCCUACGUCUUCGCCGUGGUGGUGGAUGCCAAAGGCUAUUGGAUCUACCGAUGGCGGCCGACUGCCAAGGACGGCAAGGAAGGGGUGGUGACAGGGUGGCCUGGUGUGGAGCGCUUCCGGGCCCUCCGCAAACUCACCACGCGCCCGACGCCCGUGACGAACCCGCGAGGUCUGCGCACCGACGUGCCUGGUGAUGUCGAGGAGGCCCUGAUCCACCAACCAAGCCUUUCGCCCGAGGCGGCUUGCUUGCGCUCCAGCGUGGAGCAGGUCACCUGGCAGUGGGGCUCCGACGCCUUGGCAGCUAUGGCCCAGGAGCUCAAGGAGACUGGCAAGGGCUCCCGCUUUGAGGGCUCGCAAAACUGGUGGGCGGCUUUUGCUGACACACAGCAGAAUGCCAACUACCCGCCUUCCAUCAUGGGCCGGGAGGUGAAGAACAUGUCUGAGAGGCUGGACUGCAACGUGCCUGGCACGUUCACCUGCGCCUGCGAGGCAGAGCGACGCCGCGAAAUCCUUGCACGGCCAGCGCCGAAGGGCGCCACAGCCGUCUUCAUUUGA